AUGGAUUGGACAGAAGUGGAGGGGGCGUGCGACAUCCCAAACGGUAUAUGUUGGCCCUUCGGCCUCUUCCAGGAUAGUUGUGAGGACAGAUGCCUUGAUUUAAAGAGAAACUAUUAUGAUGGCACAUGUACUCCUCAACCGGAUAUCCGUAGUCCUUGGAUGGAUUGUAUGUGUUGCCGUUAUGAUAGUAUCGAUGCUGAAAAAGAAACCAUGUGA